AAGCCUGGGCAAUGAUUUGGCCUCGGCUGGCUCGCAGUAAAGCAAUGUUUUUCUUCCGGCAUAACUGAUGUUAUUUCUUUGGUCUUUUAGCAGUGGAAAACAAAGUGGAUUGCUUGAUCUUAGGGUCCUGUAUCACGAGAACACCCUCGUACUGCUUUGAACUCCUCCCAGUUGUUCAAAAGUUCAAUGGCUUUACGAAUCACGGGCUGAAUCCUUGCUGAAAUGUCGGCGACGAAAAAGGGCAAGGCAGCCCAAGUUGAAUUUGAAAACCAGACAAAAGAAAUCCGCCAAUUGCUGAGCGAGCAACUAAAAGGCUAUGAUGCACGUACUGAAGGGAAGGUGCUGUUCCUGGCAGAUCUGCAGGAAUACUGCAAAAAGAUGUCUGAAGUUGAAACAGAAUACAGCAAGAAUCUCGAUCGCCUUUCUGACAGAUUCCUAGACAGACUGCAGAAAUUCAAAGCCCAAAGGAAAGAGAGGUCUACAACAAUGGAUGUGUGGCACAAACUACUGGUUGAGACAAAAAACAGAGCCAAACAACGCCAGAGCUUCAGUGAUAAUCUGGCUAAUAAUAUUGCAAAUAGAUUUAUGUCCAUGAGCGAUGACUAUCAGCGAAUAUCAAAGAAGUGUAGAGAGGCAGGAUUGAUUCUGCAAGAUGAACUUUGCAAAACUGUCCAUGAGUUGCAAAGGAAACUCCGGAAGUACCACACAAUGUUUGGUGAAAGCAAAACUGCUGAAUCGAAGCUAAAGAGUACAGAGAUAGCCCUCUCUAAAUCAGAAGAGUCGGGUAGGAAAAAUGAGAAGAUGACAAAACAAAAGGAAAAGCACCAGCAGAGAUAUUCUGAGAACAAAAGAAAGAGUGUCAAGGCAAAGAAUGAGUAUGUGCUGGCUUUAAAGUCCACCAAUAGCUUCCUGCAAUAUUACUACACCAACUGCCUUGGGGAUCUUGUGGAUGGCUUUGAUUUCAACUUCCAUGAUUCAUUUGAAAGAGCAAUUGCAGCUUACACCCAAGCAGAAACAAAUGCUUCAGCAGCCACCAUCCACUCUAUGAAUGUUGUUCAAGAGGCCAAGCUCACUAUUAAUCCUGAUUUGGACAAGAAAUACUUCUUUGAAGAUAAUCUUUCCAUAUUUGCUAUACCCUUCAAGUUUCAGUAUCUUCCAUACUCCGAAGAGGAGUCAUGUCAGAUUACACCACAGCAGAUUGAUAUUGUUGACUUCCACUGCGAAUUGUUUGAAAGACUGAAGCAGAUAAAAGCUGAGACAGACGAGAUCCACAAGACAGUGGAAGCUACGGCAGAUGCCCUGAAAGAGAUGUACAAGCAGUGGGACUUGGAGAUGAAUAAAAUGGCAAAUGGUGAGACAGACAUGGUGACUGGUGUAAUGAACUGUCAAUCCAUCAAGAACAGCAGCGAUGACCUUGAGAUGUACUAUGUCACGAAACUCAGAGAAUAUAUUAUGACAAGUAGUCUAAAAAUCCGAAUUGCAGCAGAGAAUCAGACUCUAGUUAAGACUUUAGGUGAAGUUACAGAGGACACAGUUGGUAGAAGGAGAGCGACUCAUAGGCAGAUGAUGGUCAGUGCUAACUCUGCCAAGACAGCCAAGAUUCUUGAGUCAAUUCAGAAGAAGACCAAGAUCUUUGGAUGUAAUCUAGAACAAUACCUUAAGAUAACAGGAAGGGAGAUUCCAGAAGUUGUUGAAAGCUGUGUGCGAUUUAUCAAGAGAUUUGGCCUAGAUCACCCUGGAAUCUUUCGCCUCUCUGGAUCUUCGACCGAUAUCAAUGACAUGAAGCAGCUGUUCGAAUGUGGUCGAGACCCCUUGGCCGGGCUUAACCACUGGAAGGAUAUCAACGCCGUGGCGGGUCUGCUUCGAGUCUACUUCCGUGAACUUGAGGACCCUCUCUUCCCAAGCUCGCAUUACCAGCAAUUCAUAGAAGCGUCACGGUUUCCGACCAAUGAAGAUGUUAUUCGGCAAGUAACGUGUGUCAUCAAUGAGCUACCAGACAGUGUCAACCGCGUUAUGAAAUAUCUGUUUAAGUUUCUCAAGCAGGUGAGUGAACACAGUGAGCAGAACAAGAUGGAUGCACAUAACUUGGCAGUGGUGUUUGGCCCUACUCUGCUGCGAAUCCCUAGCGAGCAAGAUAUGAUCACAUAUCAGAGUCACGUCAACGGCAUGAUGGAAGUGAUCAUUAAGAACUACGAUCAAGUCUUCCCUCAGAAUGACUUUGACACGGAUGGGCCGAGACUUUCGGAGACUGAAGAGAGUGACAGCGAGGAGGAUUUCGAGCCCAGAGACGCUGCUGCGCUGUACGACUACUCGGCCCGUUCAUCCAAAGAACUCUCGUUCAAAAAGGGUGAUAUAAUCCGCGUCUUCAAGCGCUUUAAUGAUGACUGGUGGGACGGAACGCUUGGCGACUCGGACGGCUUUGUACCGGCUUCUUACAUCAAAAUUCAGGACCCUGAUUCAACCGAAGGAGACAGCAUGUUCUCGCCCCAGACUGAUCUAUCCAGAUCAUUGAGUGGAGGAGAGUCACAUAGAGCAAAAGACUUGAACGGUCCUCCUAGGAUUCCUAAACGGGAGGGCUCGUUAAAGAAGCGGCACGACAGUGCCAAUGAUCGUGGAAGUCCUGUGGGGCCGUGUCCACAACCCCCUAUAGAAGAAAUAAGCGCACCUCCUAAGACCUCUACCCCAGUUGGGAUUCCUUUUGGAAUUCCAGGUACCCCUGUCGGGACGCCGUUGGGGGUUUCAGGUUUUAAACCUGCCAUUUCCACAGAUGACAUUGUAAAUAGACAACGCUCGCUUCGAACCCGGGGAAGAGAUGACUUGUCACUUGACGAACGCUCCGAGGGGAAGGGAGCGGAGACACCACGAUCCACGUCCCUUCCACGAGGCGCUUCACCUCAUCGCUCCAUUGAAGAGCUGGACAAAGUGUUAGAGGAAGAGGAGCUGCGAAUGGCGCUCGAGGCGAAACUCGACAACCCCAAGGAGUCACCUCAGAGAAGUCAGUCACUUGAACUGGAUAAAUCGGACGAUUACCCCAAACCCCCGAUCUGGCAGGUACGCGAGGGAACAGACACCUUCCCAGACCCACCCUUGAGCCCGAGGUCAUCUGUUGCACCGAAAGUCCCGCCCGCCGUUAAGCCCAAGCCUAAGGGGGGUCGGCCCAACCCACCGUCAAGAGGAGAGUCCGGAAGUGAUCUGCUUGCGUCACUGCAUGCCGCCCAGGCCGCACGCGGUCAUCGCCCGGGCUCCAUAGGCUCGGAAAAGCCAUCAACAGAGGAAAACAGAAGAGACAGCCGUGGCUCGGUAGCAGACGACACUCAGCUUUAGACGUCUUCGAGGGUACUAAGCUUCCAUUGUUGACAAAAAAAUUGCUUUAUACUAAAAUUGCGCAGAGAGUGUAGCUACAGAAUCAUCAUUUCUGAUCAUGCGUUGGGUAUGAAACAGUGAGAAUAUAUUUUGUAUCAAUCGAUUGAAGAUUAUCUAAGCGACAGAUUAGGACCCCUAUUUUCCUUCCGGUUACGAUUGCGGAUGUAUAUAAAUACUACUUGCAUUAGGCAUUAUGAUUUUACCUCAGCUGUUGCUGUUCUCAAGACAUCAAUGUAGGUAUAGACCAUGAUUCCGUGGAAGAGUAGGGAUAGUGAAGGAGGUUUGUAAAUAUAGUUCGGGUAUCAAGGGGUUAUUCAUGCGCAAUAAUAAAUGAUUAUUUAGGUAAACUAUAAAGAGGUAAUAAGCAUUAGUUAGUUCAUUAAAUAAAAGGACUUCUAUUUUGAGGUAGUUUGGCACAGACUCGUGCAUCUAUUUUCUAUACUGCUUUCUUGUUGCUGAUCACAAUAGGGGAUGCCUUUGCUUCCUUAAUAAUUGUGCGUCGUCAUAUACACUUAUUAUGAUCAGGAACAUGAUGGGUCGUGCAGAUCUUCUCGGUUUACAAAGUCGGAUGCCUAUUGGGCAACAUUAAAGCAAGAAAACGAUUGGCCUGUGACGUUCGAAUGACAGCGCCAGAAACCAAGUCAAAGGAGAUUUGGAGACAACCUGAGAAUUAGGAUAACGUUUCUCAAUAAACUGUUAUCCUAUGGAAUCAGGACUACAACAGUUUAUAAAGUUGUCUUAAACGGGGUUGACAUUCAUAGAUCAGAAGACGUAGUUGUUGAUUGCCUUAAUUAUGUACUUUUCUCAUUGUUACAAAAGAAUAACUGGCAAAUAUUUUAGACAAAAAUAUAUUUUCUAACAAUGAACAUUUUGGUCAUUGAAAAAAGAAUUGUUGUUACUAUUGACGGAAUUAAUUUUGAAUCGUUCCUCAAAUAGAUAAUAAAUAUUUUAGAACACGAA